UUGACACUGCAUUAGAAACGCACGACCGACUCUCACAUAGCUGGGAUUGCAAAUCUGUCACGGUAGCGGGCUACCAGUAGUGUAAAAAUGACAACACUGCAUUGAAAUGUGCAUUCAGUCGGGCGGCGUAACAGUCUACCUCUGAAUGCUUCUGAGGUUAACGUACCGGUAGUUAUUUUUCCGUAGAACUAGUCCAGCUAAAUUAGCAGAAUUUGGAGAACAGAUUACCGCUGCACUGAUUUUAAAAAAAAUAUCAAGAAUAUGGAAUUCCCGUUCGAUGUAAAUGCUCUUUUCCCCGAAAGAAUCACGGUAUUGGAUCAUAACUUGACGGCAGGGCGAAAAGCACUAGGAAGACAAGACCCUCAGCGGCAAAUAGCCACAGUAAUAGAUGAGCUCGGCAAAGCUUCUGCAAAGGCGCAGCAGCUGGCUGCUCCCAUCACCACCGCGGUGAAGCUCCAGACCAACAGGCAUCAUCUGUACCUGCUGAAGGAAGGGGAGAGCAAUGGGGGGAAGGGCGUGGCCGUGGGCUUCUUGAAGGUUGGUUACAAGAAGCUCUUUCUGCUGGACCAGCAGGGGGCGCAUGUUGAGACCGAGCCACUCUGUGUUCUGGACUUCUUUGUCACAGAGAACCUGCAGCGGCACGGCUAUGGGCUGGAGCUCUUCAGCUUCAUGCUGCAACACAAGAGGGUGGAGCCUGUUCGGAUGGCCUAUGACAGACCUUCUCCUAAAUUCCUGUCUUUCCUGGGGAAGCAUUACGGCCUGAAAGACUGUGUCCCACAGGUCAAUAAUUUUGUGGUGUUUGACGGAUUCUUCAGGGACAAAUCAGCGGUGCAGCUGAGAAAGACUCUCCCAAAAAAGCCAGAGGGAGAGAUCAAACCGUACUCCCUGACGGAGCGAGAGGUGGUUCGGGAGGAGCAGAGGGCCCUGCCCUGGCCUUUCGCCCGCCCCACUGCUCCUCCCCUCUCUCCUCCCCUCUCCCUCUCUUCCCCGUACUCCCGCUCCCUCAGCGUGGACUCGUCCCCGAGUCGGGGCCCCUUUCGGGGGAACCCCGCCCCCGGCCCCCACAGGAACCAGACCCCCCACUCCCAGUACAUCGAAAACAUGAACUGCAGGGCCAGACGCACCAGCUCCCUUAACCGCUCCCAGAUCUCUUUCCAUUGACCUUUGACCUUUGACAUUUGGACCUUUGACCCCCAUCCCUUGC